AAGCUUUGCAUUGGGUGGUAUCUAUCUAAUGGUAGAUUGAGAUAACUCUGAAAUGGCUUGCCUCUCAUGGUGUUGGCUCAUUGUAGAUCAUGUGCUCCUCGGUGAAGGAUUCGAUAGGCGGCGCCGAUUGAGCUUCUUUGUCCACCCAGUCUUUGUUGUGCUUUUCCAGCUCUACGUGUUUGCGCAGCUGCUGAUCACAAGCUUGUCGAAUCCAAUCUUUUGCGCCUUCCGUAUCGCCCGCAGUGUCAUCGUGACAGUGUUCCUAUUCGUGAGAUGUUUCCUGUUCUACGUUUCCGAGGUGGAUGAGAUCUCAUCUUUCACGACCAAUGCUUCUCAGACUCCUGCAAAUCCUGACACGUUUCAGUGCAUUGUGACACACGAUGACUGCGGUGGUCAUCUACAAGUCUGCAGCCUGGGAUUGUACUCGGAAGGAGGUGAGGAUGAAGACGAAGAGCAUGAGGAAUCGAGUCUUCAUGUGGAACACUCGAGUAUACUUGGGGAACUCAACUUCGCAUCAGCAAGUCACCAUCUAUUUCCAGGUUUACAAGAGAGAGCGUAUGAACUUGCCGAUGAAGAGGAUGAGGAAUCAACCGCAAGUAGCGUGGCAUACGAUUUAUAUGAUCCAAGACUCUCGUUAGAUAUCUACGAGUAUGGGGAUGCAGAUCGAAUGGAUGAUCAUGGAGGGUUGAUGGUGCAAACAGAGGAUGAUCCAGAUAUCGACGACUAUUCUCAACAUGUCUCGGUAUUCAGAACAGAAAGCAAAUGGGUUGAAAUCGAUUUGUUCUACGAAACCUACAGAGGAAGGAUGAGGUGGUUUGAUCAACUCAAUGACGAAAGAAGAAUUGCAGUAAGUGUUGUUUUGGGCAAGAAACUGGGGGCUACAAGUUUCCAUGACAGAAUCGAUCCUCUUAACUUUUCCUUCCCUGUAGUUGCUCAUAAAAAGCUUGCCAAAAGCAUAGAAAGCGAUUUCGAGUUGGUGUAUGUGGGUCAAUCGUGCCUGAGUUGGGAAGCCCUCUGUCAUCAGCAUAGAAAAGUGAAGCUGAUUUCUGAUGCGCACAGGGGAUGUUUCCAUGGCGAAGUAGCAGAGAGGUUUCAGCAGUUUCAGAUACUGCUGGAGAGGUUCAUCGAGACCGAGAACUGUGAAAGCAAAAGGUUUUGGAAUUAUGCUCAAACUAAAUUUUGUAAUGCACAGCUUCUCCAAAUUCCGGAUGUUUCAGGUUAUGUAGAGGAUGUGGGAGAAGGUACGAAAGGAGAAACAAUGGAGGGAAGCCAAGUCUCGGAGGCCAUUGAGAAAGCCAUGAGUUCCUUUUGGCUUUUCCUCAGAAGUGACAAUAAAAGGUGUCGGGGAAUCUUGAAGAAGCUCAAGUUGAGUGAUUGCCAAGUGGAAGACCCAAAGGACUUGCAACUCUUUACCUCCCUAUCCAAGGAAGCUCACAAGAAGAACGAAAAGAUGAAGGCGUUGGUGAAGAAAAGCCGCAGCACGAAGACUACACCACCUCGUGAAGAAAUCCAAGUCGAGAAUUUGAUUUGCUUGGUCGAUAUCAAUCUGGUGAUAAGGGUGCUAAAGAUGUCAGUGGUCACAUCUGCACAACUCAGGUGGUGUCACGAGAAGCUCAGUAGCAUAGAGUUCAAGCAAGGAAUUGUUCGGACUCCUAAUGCCAGUGGUUUAUUAUUCCCACACUCAUAACACAUUGUAAAUUAGUGGGAGCCAUAAAUGAUGCGUGUAAAUUUUGGACUUUAUAGUAAGAUAGAUUGUAGAUAUGAG